AUGCCACAACGUAUGCGCAAAAUCGUUUCAAAAUGUCGACCACCAUUUGUUCGAUUACAUCGAUAUCGACAUUCAAUCGCUGCUACCAAUCAUUAUCCAAACGACAAAACGUCUCUUUCCAAUUCUCAAUUAAAUGUUGCCGGUAGUAUUAAAAGAUCGGGUAGUUCUUAUCCAACUAUAUCGACACUAACAUCUAUAUUCAUUGCUCCUUCUUCAGUAACUGAUAAUUCGAGACUAAAUAAUUUAACAGACAGAGGCUUUGAUAAUUCAUCAAAUUUAUCGUCAUCAAACGAUUCAAAAAUGUCGAAUACAGUACUUUCAUCAUCGAUGCAAAAUUUAGCACUGCCUGGUACAAUUGGUACUGGUAUUGUACCACCACCUGUUCAUUAUCAACAACGAUUACAUAUGCAAUCAACAACACCAUCAGUUGCAAAUGGUAAAGAUGAUAUGCGUGGAUGGUUAUAUAAAUGGACAAAUUAUUUAAAAGGUUAUCAAAAACGUUGGUUUGUCUUACAAGCUGGUAUACUUUCAUAUUAUCGUUCACAAGAUGAAAUGACACAUACAUGUCGUGGUACAGUUUAUCUUGAAUCAGCACAUUUAUCAUCAAAUGAUGCAUGUCAUUUUGUUAUAUCAAAUGGUUCAACAGUUUUACAUUUACGUACAUCAACUGAAACUGAUAAACAACGUUGGAUGAGUGCAUUAGAAUUAGCUAAACAAAAAGCAUUCAAAGCACGAAAACAAUAUCAAGAUUCUGAUGAAGAUAUUUCAACAGUUGAUGAUGCAAAUGAUCAACAACAACAUCAAGUACAACAACAACAACAACAACAGGCUAAUGUGAAUGAUCAAACUAAAACAUUAACAAAUACAAAUGAACGGGCUGAAUUAAUAACAAUGAAUAAAACAUUUGAUUCAAAAUUAGAUGAUCUUAAAAUGUGUAUGGAUUUAAUAAAUCGUCAUUAUCAAGCACUUUAUCGUACACUUGCUGAUCUUGAACAAAUUGAUAAAACAGAAGCAACAGUAAAUAUAAUAAAAAGUGUCAAUGAACGUGCUACAUUAUUUCGUAUUACAUCAACAGCUAUGCUUAAUGCUUGUCAAGAACUUGUACAAUUAAUACAAAAUCAAGGUCGUAAAUGGCAAAAAGCUAUUCAAUUUGAACGUGAUGCACGUUUACGUAUGGAACGUAUGUGUGAACAAGUUGCAUCACAAACUGUUAAAUUAGAAAAACAAAUGCAACGUGCAUCACGUAUUGAAAACAAAAAUCUUGCUGCAGGUCAUUCAUCACUAACAACAAUGAAAUCAUCAGAUUUACGUGGAACAAAUGAUGGAAAUAAUUUAUCUGAUGAUGAUGAAUUUUAUGAUGCUAUUGAUGAUCCACAAACAAUUGGUGUUUUUCGUAUUCCACUUCAACAACAUAUAUCAAAUAGUGAUAAAGAAUCACCAAAUAUUGUUGACGAUGAUGUUAGUUCAUAUGCUGAAGAUGAAAGUGAAUCAGAAGAACAAGAUGAAAAUAGUUUACCAAUGGUUAUUGUCAAAGCACCGAAAACAGAAGAAACAACAAAUAAUACAGCUACCACAACAGACACGAAUGCUAAUCAAUCUGUACAAAAAUCUGUGAAUAAUAAUCAACAACAACAAGUAGCUAUACCAAAACGUAAACGUCGUGAUCGUAUACCUGAACGACCAAAUUAUAGUAUUAAUUUAUGGAGUAUAAUGAAAAAUUGUGUUGGCAAAGAUUUAUCAAAAAUUCCAAUACCAGUUAAUUUUAGUGAACCAAUAUCAAUGUUACAACGUAUAACAGAAGAACUUGAAUAUAGUUCUGUACUUGAUAUGGCAGCUAAAAUAACAAAUAAUUGGGAACAAUUAGCUUAUGUUGCUGCAUUUACUAUUUCAUCAUAUUCAACAACAUCAACACGUGUUAAUAAACCAUUUAAUCCUUUACUUGGUGAAACAUAUGAAUGUGAUCGAACGGAUGAUUUAGGUUGGAAAUCAAUAGCUGAACAAGUUAGUCAUCAUCCACCAGCUUUAUCAACAUAUGCGGAAGGUCAAGGAUGGACAUUGUAUCAAGAAUUUACAAUGACAUCUAAAUUUCGUGGUCAAUAUUUAAGUAUAACACCAUUAGGUUACUCACAUUUAGUAUUUAAAAAUACCGGUAAUCAUUUUACAUGGAAAAAAGUAACAACUCUUGUCAAUAAUAUAAUUGUUGGCAAACUUUGGAUUGAUAAUGUUGGCGAAAUGGAUAUAAUAAAUCAUACAACAAAAGAUGUUUGUAAAUUAAAAUAUUUUCCUUAUAGUUAUUUUUCAAAAGAUGUUCCACGCAAAGUAACUGGUGUUGUUACUGAUGCUACUGGUCAAGCACAAUGGGUAUUAACCGGUACAUGGACCGAAAAAAUUGAAGGUGGUCCUGUUGAAUCUACAGCAGGUCGUCAUCCACAUUCUCAUCAUAUGGAAACCCGUAAUAUGAAAUUAUUAUGGCAACGUAAAAUGCCUCCAGCACAUCUUGAAGCUAUGUAUAAUUUUACUCAACUUGCUAUUGAAUUAAAUGAAGAUGAACCAGGUGUUGCACCAACAGAUUCUCGUCGUCGUCCUGAUCAACGUUUAAUGGAAGAAGGACGUUGGGAUGAAGCUAAUCAACAAAAGUUACGUGUUGAAGAAAAACAACGACAAACACGACGUACACGCGACUCAUCCGGACAUGAUUCAUAUGAAGCUAAAUGGUUUAAAAAACAACAUGAUUCAUUAACAGAUUCUGAAAUGCAUAUUUUUACACAUGAAUAUUGGGAAUGUAAACAAAAACAAGAUUGGUCACGGUGCUAUGAUUUUGGCCAACAUUAUUCUCGGAUCCGUAUAUUCGAAUUUGAUAGUUAUUCAGAUGCGAAAUUUCUUAAAUUUAAUAUUCAUGGUCCAACAAUAGUAGCUAAUUGGUCAUUAACACUUGCUACUGAAGGAAAAUGUUCUAAUAAUUUUGCUAAUAUUCAUUUUUAUCUUCAGUAUGGUGCAUAUCCAUUAACAGCACCACGAAAUGAAUCAUUUCCACCAGCAUAUAUAAACAGUCGUCAUAAUCUUUUUAAAGUAAUCUUUAAUCAAACAAUAAUAAAUCCAUUAAUUCAAUUAAAUAGUCCAUCAAUUGGAACAUGGUUUGCUAUGACAUUUAUUGAUCGUCUAUCAUCAAAUAUUGAAUCAAAAAUUUCUAAUACGGGAUGUAAUUUUUAUUUAUCAACUUGGCUUGAUUAUCAAGUAGUACCAAUACCGUUAACAUUGAUGCUCAAUAAACCAAUUCAAGUUCAAUUAACUAAUAAUAAAUCAUCGAUUUAUGCAUCUUAUUAUACAUUAAUAGGAAAUUCUCGGAUUAUAAUUUUAUCUGAAUGGUCAAGUAAUUGUGAUAUAACAAUUUUAGCAAACAUAAAUUCACUUCCAAAUCCAUCUUUAUAUGAUUAUAAAACAGUUUGUAAAGAUAAAACAUGCUCAAUAGAAAUUGAUCAAUUAUCAGCAUUUAUAUGGAUUUAUUUUCAAAUAACAGUUAAUAAUUCAUCAUGUUUAAUAAAUCCUAUUCAUGGUGAAAUGCUUAUUCGUACAAUAGAAUGUUUAUCAUUUUCAAAUAAUCUUUGUAUUCAAUCUUAUCCAACACGACGAAUAAUGUUUAAUUAUUAUUAUGAUUUUUUAUAUGCACCUAUAUAUAAAACAGAUCGAUCAAACAGGGGUAGUACUAGUUCAAUAACAUUAAAUGGAAAAGAUUCAUCGAUAUAUUCAUAUGAGUUUAUUGUUGAUGAUAGAAAUAUUGGUGGAACAUUACAUUUUGAUUUUGAAUCUCGAAUUAUGCCUUUUGUAUCAUCAAAUGUGAAUGCCAGUGUUGUUGGAUGUAUAUCAAAAUAUCGACCACGUCUAUUUGAUAAAUGUGAAUAUGAUUAUAAAAUAAAUAUUGAAAAAAAUUCUAUGGUUAUCAGAUCAUUGCCUUAUCCUGAAAUGGCUCUUUGGUAUUUAACAUUACAGUAUGUUUGUAAUGGAUCAGCAAAUGAAUGUUUAAAUGCUUCAUUAACUCUAAUAUUUCAAAUAUCAUCAUCACAAUGUACAAAACAACAAUGUGGAGCAUAUGGUGUUUGUAGAAUAUUAACAUCACAACAAAAUGUUUUUUCAACGUGUUUAUGUAUUGCUGGUUAUCGUGGAUAUGGUUGUACUGAUAGUACUUAUGCUUAUGUAUCAAAAAGUUUAUUAAGUGUUCUCUUUUUAACAAUAAGUAAUUUAAUGUUUUUACCAGCUAUUGUAUUAGCCAUCUAUAGACAUUUAUAUAUCGAAGCACUUAUCUAUUUUUUCAAUAUGUUUUUUUCAACAUUUUAUCAUGCAUGUGAUCAAGAUAUAAAUAAAUUUUGUAUAUUUAAAUAUGAUGGUUUACAAUUAUCGGAUUUUAUUGGUUCAUAUGCAUCGUUUGUUAUUACAUUAAUAACUAUGGCAAUAGUACCACGAUCAAUCAAAGCAUUUCUGUUUAUGUUAGGUGUAUUAACAUGUAUUGUUAUUAAUUCACGUGAUCGUUUUGAUCAUUUACAAUUUAUUUGUUUGAUUAGUAUUACAUUUAUUUUUACAGUUUUAACUUGGGUCAUUGUUUCGAUUAGAUAUCGUCGUUUACAACCAUCUCGGAAACGUCUUUUAUUAUAUAUGCCAGGCUUUUUAUUAGCAUUAACCGCACUUAUUUUAUUUGCAUUCUGUGAAACAGAUGAAAACUAUUGGUAUAUACAUAGUUUAUGGCAUAUAUUUAUUGGAAGUUCAAUUCUUUUUUUUCUUCCACAUAAAAAUUCAUAUAAAAGAGAACCUACUACACAAGGAAUAAGAGCUGCUGAACCAAGUAUUAACAUAAAUACUGAUAGUCCAUCAAUUGGUACUGUUAAUCAAGUAAUUGCAUUACCAAUUGACAAUACAUCUUUAUCAUCAUCAAAUACUGACUCAUCAAAAAAAUCAACUGAUAAUCUUCUUAAUUAA